AUGACAAUGGACGUUCAAAAUAGCUAUCAAAAUUAUAAAGAGACGUCUCCUGAUUCUAAGGAAACUAAUUUGAACAUUGAAAGUGCCAGAACUUCACAAAUAAAACCGGAGAUGCAGUCAACUGUUAUUAACCCUGGAAAAGCUUCGAAGAGAUCAUUUGAUGUCGCAUUCUUGAUGAUGCCCGAUGAGAAAGUUCGCCCAAAACCACCAGAGAGGCAGCUGAGAGUCUCCAAACAACUUUUUCACCAUGAAGAGUGGGAACAGGUGCCUAAGAGGAUGCCAGAAAUGUACAAGCACAGUGAUUACUCUAGUGAUAAUACGAUGGAUUUAAAAGACCAAGAUGAUGAUCGGAUCUGCGCGAACAACAAUAUAUCACCGAGCUUCGGAUCUGACAUUAACAUUGACGUCGGAACCGACGAGUACCCAAGCAAGUCUAUGUAUUGUAGUGAUUCUGAUAAUUCUGAGAGGUCACGGAGCCGCCCAAACUCAAAUGAAAGUGCAGCACGUCAGCCAAAGUUUCUCCCAGAAUAUAAGAACAAGAUUUUUGAUGACCCAACUUUAAUCAGCAUGCAGUCACGUGCGAGGUACGAGAGAUAUUCGGAGAAAACAGAUAUGUCACCGAAGAGCGCGUUUACUAAAGUUUCCAACUUUUCAAUGAGAUCACCCAAUCCUUCGGUUAGCCCUGACAACUUGCUUUACCAGAACUCUGUUAGUCCACCGCUGUCCGCUGCCAGUCCACCUGCAAGUUCUUUCAACAAAUCGCCGGGUUUCAACAAUCUUCUGACGCCAGCACAUCUGAUAAAUGGCAGCCACUUCUUUAAAGGCCAGAACGUGCCGCCGUCGUCAUCGCCAAACUAUCCAGAUAACCCAGCGACGAACCACCGAUCUUCAGGGUUCAAUAAAAAUUUGGAGUUUCAAGAUAAACACGACGCAAAAACACCGCAGAUGUCACCUAAUAAAAUUAACUUUUUGCCAUUUAGACCAGAGAUACCGUACCUUCAAGCUGGGUCAUCUUAUCCGUUCGGUGUUCAGAAUUUCCAGUCACCUAAUCCAGAUUUUAUGAAAUUUCCUGUACCGCCGAGGGAAAAUCCUUUGAUAGCUAAUCCUGCUGCGGCGAUUCUCAGUACGCUAUUGCCUCCAACUUUGGCCGCAUUUUCUCUGCCGUCGCAAAAUGUGUGUGCAAAAUGCAGUAUCAGCUUCCGAAUGACUUCAGACCUGGUGUACCACAUGCGUACUCAUCACAAAAGCGAGUCAGCAAUCGACCCUCACAGAAGAAAACGGGAAGAGAAAUUAAAAUGCCCCGUUUGCAAUGAAAGUUUUCGUGAAAGACAUCACCUGACUAGACACAUGACAGCUCAUCAGGAUAAAGAAGGUGAUUUAGAUGAGGUCCCAGCUGGACAUAAGAAAAGCAAACAAUUUUAUUCACACAACGGUAGUUCUCUCAUUCAUAAAUAA